AUGGCGUCCACAUUACCGAAACUACCCCUCUUCGACGCAAUUGCCCGCCACAAUCCCGAUUCUACCCUCGCCGUUCACUCCCUCUCGGGAAGGACCUUCAAGUAUGGCGAGCUCCUCGGCGACGUGUGCAAGGCCAGGAACAAGUUCCAGCAAGCCGCUGGCAAGGAAGACUUGAAUGGCGACCGAAUCGCGUUCCUAGUUGAGAACAGCUACGACUAUGUUGUCACCCUUCUUGCUGCGUUCGCCGCCCGCGCGAUAGCUAUCCCACUCUCGCCGGGGUUCCCGGCUGCGGAGCUGCAGUACAUCCUAGAUCAGUCCGAGGCUUCGCUACUAGUAUCUUCCGCCAAGUUUGCGAGCAAGGCGUCCGAGGUGCUUGCCACCGAGCUGAGUGUUAAGCCUGCGUUCCUACAGCUGGAGAAGCACCAGGGCGGUUCCGCGCAUGAGCAGGUUUCCUUGGAGAACGAGGACGCAGGAAAUGCCGCCAUGAUGCUGUAUACGUCUGGGACCACGAACCGACCGAAAGGCGUUCUCCUCCCCUCGUCCGUCCUCACAGCGCAGUCCCAGUCCCUGAUGCAAGCGUGGGAAUAUUCUCCCGCCGAUCGCCUCCUCCACGUGCUACCCCUCCACCACAUUCACGGCACAGUAAACGCCAUUCUCACGCCGCUCUUCGCCGGCAGCUCCAUCGAGUUCAUGUUCCCCUUCAACCCCGACAAAGUAUGGCGCCGUUUCGCCGCCCCCUUCCUCCCCGCCGAGGAGGGAAAGCCGUUGCCGGAAAAGAUCACCUUCUUCACCGUCGUCCCCACCGUCAUCUCGGGCUCCGCCGCCCUUCCCACCCCCGUCAAGAAGGCCUGGGCAGAUCUCAGCCGCGGCAACAUCCUCUUGGAACGCUACGGCAUGACUGAAGUUGGCAUGGCCCUCAGCUGCGGCCUCGGGUUUGCCGACAGGGUCGACGCCAGCGUCGGCUGGCCUCUUCCUUCGGUCCAGGCCCGCCUCGUCGACGUCGACUCUGGCGACGUCAUCCAGCCCGGCCAGGAGAUUGACGCCCAGGGCCGCGAGCGCUCGGGAGAGAUUCAACUCCGUGGGCCCACCAUCUUCCGCGAGUACUGGCGCAACCCCACCGCCACCGCCUCCGAGUUCGUCGAGGGCGAGGACGGCCUCGGCAAGUGGUUCAAGACGGGCGACGUCGCAGUCCGCAGGCCCGUGCCUUCUGCAGGCGGCAGCGGCCAUGAGUGGGCCAGCGGCGACAUGUACUUCAUCCAGGGCCGCAAGAGUGCCGACAUCAUCAAGAGCGGCGGCGAAAGGUCAGCGCUCUCGAGGUCGAGCGCGAGCUGCUCUCCCUCCCCGAGGGACCGCCUCGUGAAUUACAAGAUUCCCCAGGUCCUAAGGGUGGUGGAUGACAUCCCUAGGAAUGCCAUGGGUAAGAUCAACAAAAAACAGCUGGUGAAGGCGGUGUUUGCGGAAGAGUUUAGCGGAGACGAAAUGUAA